CAAAACAAAUAGAACAUUGUAGUCAUCGCCCACACUCACUUUGCCUCCUCGGAAUUUCCGAAGCUCUAUUUCUUCACCUUUUUUUAUAAUUUUAAUUUAAAGCCCUCUUUGUGUUCGACGUUAUUCCUCAGUGGCGACUCUCAUUUCUUCUCGUCUUCUCCUCCGCCCCUCCACACUCAUCGGAAUGGCCGCCGCCUCCGCCGCUGGAUCCGCCGUUGUUGCUUUCAAAUCCGCCGGCGUUUCCCACCGCAGGUUCGCCAAUUUCAGGCAGCUCUCGUCGCCGGUGAAGCUUCCGGCGUCGAUCAAUUUGCAAUGCAGAUCCCUGAGCUCCGUUUCUCCCUCAGGCAUAAAGGCUCAGGUUGCAACAGUCGAACAAGCGAGUACUGAAGCAGCACAGAUUGUCGAAGCUCCUGUUGUUGUUGUCACCGGCGCCUCAAGAGGUAUCGGCAAAGCUGUUGCUUUGGCUCUAGGGAAAGCUGGUUGCAAGGUUCUGGUUAAUUAUGCAAGGUCAUCAAAGGAGGCAGAAGAAGUUUGCAAAGAGAUAGAAGCGUCUGGUGGCCAGGCCCUUACUUUUGGUGGAGAUGUAUCAAAAGAAGCAGAUGUUAACUCAAUGAUGAAAGCUGCAAUUGAGGCAUGGGGAACAGUAGACGUUUUGAUCAAUAAUGCAGGAAUUACGAGGGAUGGUUUGUUGAUGAGAAUGAAGAUGUCUCAGUGGCAAGAAGUCAUCGAUCUAAACCUUACUGGCGUGUUCCUAUGCACACAGGCAGCUGCCAAAAUAAUGAUGAAGAAGAAAAAGGGAAGGAUAAUUAACAUCACAUCGGUUGUUGGUCUUGUGGGCAAUGUUGGGCAAGCCAAUUACAGUGCAGCAAAAGCUGGAGUAAUUGGAUUAACCAAGACAGUUGCCAAGGAAUACUCGAGCAGAAACAUUACCGUAAACGCUGUUGCUCCUGGAUUUAUCGCUUCUGAUAUGACUGCUAAGCUUGGUGGAGACUUUGAGAAGAAGAUAUUGGAGGCCAUCCCAUUGGGGAGGUAUGGCCAACCGGAGGAGGUAGCUGGGCUGAUUGAGUUCUUGGCCCUUAAUCCCGCCGCCGCUUAUAUCACUGGACAGGUAUUAACAAUUGAUGGAGGUAUGGUCAUGUGAGAGGCUUCUGUUAACUUUGUCCUUCGGCAAAUGGGAAGAAUUAUUCAACCAAAACUCCGACUUUUCUCGUACGUGUUUUGUGUUAAGUUUUGGAGUAAAGAUAGUUUUUGAAAUAAUAUAGUGAAGACAUGUAUGUUUUUUUUGUGAUACUUGCCGAAUUUCCGAGUUCAUUACCAGCAUUUUUAGUGCAGUUCUUUUUUGCGUCCGUCCGGUCAAUUUGCCAGCUAUGAAAUGGGCAGAAGGAUAUAUUAAUAGAAACUCUUGAUACAGUUUUUCUAAUUCAA